AUGCUUGAAGCCUGUGAAUUUGUCACUGGUUACCUGUGGAAGAAUUCCAUUACAGUGGAAUAUCGUGAAUCAAUUGCCGAGUUCCUCAUGCAGUGUGUGGACUCAAUGGAGAUUUGGAAGUUAGAGCGCUUUUCCCAUCAUAUGAUCCAACUGAUGCCCGAAGAAUGCACUGAGAAGCUUCUAUGGAAUCCGGGAAAUCUGAAUCCACUAUUGUCAGCCUUCUUAAAAGUUGGCUUACCGCUUUCAUCGAGAGUCUCCAUCAUCCAGAAGGCUUUUCAAUACAUCGAAACGGAUGGCUUGUUGCCCGAGGAUCGUGCUGCUUCCAUUUGCCUUUUAAUGCGCUUUUACGAUCUGAAUCUCGUCGGUAUGUCCAUAAUCAAACUGAACUCACUCUUUGAGGAUAAUCAGCACAACUCAGACGAAAUUAGCAUGAACCUUCUUGGGAAAACGCUUGUCAAUCUGGCGUCAAUUCUAAAAACAAAUGAUUUUCUUACCGAACAGAUUGUCAAGACGCUGAAGAAUCUUCCAUUGUCAAAUGUUCUUGAAACAUUUUCGCUUGUCCUUGCAUUAAUGGUGCUCUCAGGGAACACGAAACUGUCGCUCCAGGUGAAAAAACACCUCUCCAACGCCACGUCUUACGCAUACUCUGCGAAUAGCCGAAUUUGUGGUUCGGCGUUUCUGCGAAACGUUUGCUCCUUAUUCCCAGAACCUGGAAUCACGAUCGAUCGAAUUCUUGGUUACUGUUCAAGCCCCCUGUGGGGCUGCACGGUGAAUGGCCUUAUUCAGUUCUGCUUCACUCUGCUGAGAUCAGCGAGCUCUCCCGGGCGAAUCGGCGGUUUCCCGAUGGGCUUUGCUGACGGCAAACUCAAAUCUGCGGCGGCGUCGACAGCGGCAAAAUCUAGACGGGCCCCCACAACUCGAAAGUGCCUGCCUCAACACCAGCGUCAUCCGUGCGCUCAAUCCCCAAAGUCGCGAGCCUCUCGUCUGGCCAUCAACUCGCUGACUGAAAUAUUUCAGUCUCUUCCAGAAACUCGCGAACAAAUUGUCACAAUCAUCCUUCGACAAAUCUGGUCAGAGCCUGAGAAGAUGGUUUGCUUCCAAAUGACAGAAUUGAUGGGCGAACUGGCGGCGCUAUGUCCAGUGGAGUUCACCGAAGCGUCCGCCGCGGGCUUGACUACACUCCUGGACAGUCUCGGCGCUUUCCCCUUGGAGCUCUCGACCGCCAUAAUCCAUGCCCUCCUGCCCCUCUUCGUUGUCGCCGCCUCUACCAAUGACGCCAAGUCGUUGGACCCCCUGGUCUCCCUCCAGUCACACGUUGUAGUCGUUCUUCGAAAGAUGUCUUCGAGUUACAAUGUGGCCGUGCGUCGGAUCGCUGUUGCGGGAUUCGUCACUCUCCUAAAGAACCUGAAAGUUAGCACGGACAAUUUCCGCACAGCCUCCCAACAGUCAUGGUCGAUGAGUUCACAACUGUCGGCAAGCCAGUCCUGGACGUCUUCUUUGCCGUCGCUCAGCAUCAUCACCCCUCGUGGCCGUCCGCUGUUCUCUCAAAUCCAUAACACCCAAGUGGCCCAGGCAGUGAUGAUGCUGCCGACUGAUCCUGAGCGUAACCGUGCUUUGUGUACGGAGAUUGUUGGCCUCCUUCAUCGUCUCAUCUCUUCCACAUUUUUCGGCGCCUCUUGUGGUCCUCUUAUGUCGGAUCCUGGGGCCUUAGUCAAAUCAGACAUCUACUGGGGUUUGUGUGAAGUGGUCCUCUACAACCGUGGUUUGUCUGCACCCGUGUUGACUCUUUUUACUCGUCUCCUCGCGGCGUGCGUAGAUCCAGCGCUUUCAAAGAAAAAACCGCUCUUCAAGGACGGGGUCUUUGUCCUCCCCAGUGCCUUCAACGGAGUUCCCCUAAAGUUGGCCCAACUCGUCUCAGCAGAUGGUGGUCCUGACUCCAAGCCUCGCUUCCGAGAUCAUCCGGAGAUUCUGGCAUGGUGCCUUCAAGUGAUUCUGAGCCUUCCUGCUUUCCGCCAACACUGGUCUCGCUUCGCGCGUGACUUUUCCAACGGCCCCAACGCCGCCUCUGCGUCGAGCCAGUUCACACAGUUCGCCACAGAGCUCACCCAAUCAACUGCCGGUACUUGUGGCGGGGUCUCGAUGCGUGUCUUCAACCGAGCUGCGAGUCUGCUGUUGAACCUGGCCUCUGGUCUCAGGGAGACGCCACUGGAUGAGUUCGGACUGGCUUCCAACGUAGAGCUUGGCCCAUCCCCUAAUGGACGUCUGAAUCAAGCGCGUCUAACCAUGCUCCUCGGGCUCUAUGACUCCUGUCUUGAAUUUGAGGCGAAAAACUUACUUGGAACUGUGACAAAUGCCACCGCCUCGUGGGAUCAGCUUACUAAGCUCUUUGCUCGACGAGAAUCUGCCAGGAAGCUGCUUCUGGAUAACACCAAGGAGAGUGGUCCCGUGCAUCCAGACGACCACACUGUGAUUUCCCCUGAAGUCAAUGCUGUGAGCACCUCCAACCUCUGCUUCAUUGGGAUGUCUGAUGACGGUGGAAAUCGCCUGAGGGGAGCCUUGCUCCUCUCCAGUCUGAAAUCGAUCGUUUCUGUCCGUGGGGUGCUUCAUCGGGCGCUGCAGUGUGCUCGCGACGCCCCUGGAUUCGCCCUCCAUCUGCUCCAGACGACCUCUGCGCGUCUCUCAGAGUUGUCUUCGCGUGCAUGUGGCAAGCAACAGCAAAAGCAACCUGUGCUUUCUGUUGUAUACCGCGAUGCUUUUACCAGAGUUAUCACGAAGAUUCUAAGCCUCACAAUUCGGUUCUACGACACGUUCCUCAACGAGAGACUUCCCAAUCCCAAUUCAAGCGGUGUUUGCGGGCUUGAAGCCACUUGCGACGCCCAACCUUCUCCACUUCUCGAAGCUGCGGUAUCGGCGGUUCUUCAAACAAUGUCCCUUUGCUUCUCAGUCGUCAUGGAGAACCUUGGGAGUCACCGCCUGCAUCGACUUGUCUGCGCCCUCUUCCCUGUGGUGGUGUCGCCAAAGCCGCUUGGACAAACCGGCGUCUGCGACGAAGAAGGCCUGGAGGCGGUAUCUGAUGACGAUGAAGCUGGUCGUAACCUCAAUCAAACCCUGGAACAGUCACUACCCAAUGCAUCGCGUGGUCUCAACGCAAUUGUCAAAUUGUUCAAGGGUUGGGUGACGAGAAUCCUCACCACCACUUCGUCCACGCUCGGCCUCCAGUCCAUUAGAUCUUCCACUCCACAGCCAUCUGCCUCGCGUGCUGCAGUACCAACUGCCCGUAGCAAUCCCCUCAUCGCUGAUCUCACCAUUCUCCUUCCAAUGCUCAUCAGUUUAUGCGAAGCUCGAACAGGCAAGGAAACUGUUGAUUUUGCCGUUGAUAGCCCCUCGUUGUCUGUGUCACGAGUUCCUGACUUCUCCGGCUUGGACCGCGUUCUUGUUUGGCUUCUGCGCCUCCUUAAUAUGGAAGAAGUUUUUGAAGGCAAAGGUGGACCUCCCCUGGGCACCCAGGUGGCUCGUUUGGCACUUCAACUGGCCCAUCUCUUGGGUUCGGCAUCUUCGGCGUCCGGAAGGCCUCAUCCCAGACGCUCCUCGACUGGAUCUUCAGCAAGUGACUUCACCUGGGAUGAUCUCGUUGUCCUGUUCGCUGGCGAUAUUCGCUCAGUUUUCGGUGAUAUUAACGACAAUUGUGCUGCCUCUUCUGACGACGAGAAAAGCAUUCCCUCGCCACACAAGAAGCUCACUUUUUCCGUGGUAACUGGCAAGAGAGCGGCCAAUUUAAUGCUUCAAAUCCUCCUCUCUGCACUGAACGACGCCCUCGAAGACGUCACCUGGCUCGUGAACUACCUCACCCAGGAAGUCACUCGGACCACUCUAGUGACCGGAGCGUUUGCUCUGCCGAAGGCCAAGCCGUCGUCUCUGUCGUUCUCCAGCCUGCCUGACGCCAGACGAGCUCGUGAGGAGGCCGUGUGCAGCAUGCUCUUGACCCUUGGUGAGGCUGUCGACGAAUUGCUCCAGACGGCGUUGCCUGCGCCGUCUUCAUUCGCCGACGAUGUGAUCCGCCUCGUAACUGGCCUCUUCAGCCUGCUCGCCACGCUCACCAAACACUACAUAUCCCUGAUUCAUCGAAAUGUUGGUACCUUCCCAACCUUAUUCGAACGUGUUGUUCGGCUUUUUGGACGCAAUGUAUCGCCUCAUUCGUAUUCUUUUGUCUACUUUAUCCAGCUUCGGGAAGCUGAAAAGUUCUCCUCAUUAGGCGACGUCAACCCCCCCAAAAAGCCCAAAUUGGAUGGUACAGUAUCGAAGCCUAAAAAGCAAGGCCCCUCAAAAAUUCUGAUUUCUCGCAACAUGAAGGACGCAAAACUGAUUCCACAGUUGACUUUCGCCGUGGAAUUAUACGAGAGUCUCCUGGCCAAGUUAUCUAGGAAGGCUAAGGCUCCACUCAUAGACAACGUCCGCAUCGGUUUCUCGAGGGACUUUCGAAUAAAUCAGGCCUCCGCGCUUGCUCGACUGGAGGCUGACGUCGAUGCUGAGACCGCUGUAACCGGAGCAGACGCUGAGUUAUCCUCGUUGAGUGAAGGAGUGGAUGACAUUGAGGACAGCGCAACGAGCAAGGAUGCGGUCAACACGUCUGUUGCUGUGGAAACCUGUCCACAGCCAUCAGACGAGGCGUCGGAGGAUUCUGCUCAGUUGGCGCCGCCACGCUCCUCUGUGUCGCAACAAUCGCGAGCAAGACAAUCAAACUUUCGCUUUAGUCACAACUCAAAGAAGUGA